UUUUUUUUUUUAAACGACUCUGGAUUUACGCAUGCGUCAAACUAUCAAUUAAAACGGCUCCUUGCAUGCGAUUCUUAUGUUUGCAUUGCAUGCCUUUAUUCGUGGAGUGGGGUGUGGAUAUAUUUUUAUAAUGACGAAGUGCGAAAGAGGAAGUUAACAGGUUUAUGCUGCAGCAGGAGGAAACCAUUUUGGUCAGUCGAAACGUGAACUUCUGCACGUACGCUGCCGUAAGACGUCAUACGCAGGCCCCGUGCAAAGCGGCUCCGAAAGAGACGCACGCUCACUUCUCCACAUUGUUGUCCACUCUUAUUCUCUUUCCGUGUGUGUGCGCGUUUGCUUGUUUUUGACAGAGCAGAUGUGCGUUCAAAUGGCUAUUCUCUGCAGCCGCAGCCCAGCCUCAGCUGCCGAACAACAACAACAACAACCUGCCCGUUAAUUGGUCCGGGGCUGCGGCGUGUCGGCUUCUGACGCAACAGGAGCACCUAUCCUGGAGGGGGGCGCGCCGCAACCCUGAGCACUUCAUGUCUUGACUCCUCGGGUGUAUCUCAUCACGACCAGCUCGGUCCUAAUCUGCAGUGCAGGUCACUGUGGCGCUGAAGCAAAGCCCCAGUGAGCGCGUCCCAGCCGCGGCAAUGCUGCCCCCGAAGAACUGCCUGCCGAGGAACUACAGCUGCAUCGCCGGGCUCUUUGGGAGCCUGACUGCGGCCAACCCGAGGCUGGAGGACGGCGAAGAGUAUGACGUGAUGAACGGCUCCUGCGAACCCAUGGAGAGCCCGGUGGUGGACGAGAGACCACGGGGCAGGGAGAUUUUGCUCAAGACCCCGCAGAGCCCGAAUCUCCGCCGGAGGUGCAAAUCGCUCCCGACACCUACGGAGAGAGCAAAGUUGGAGAUCGCACGCAGCAGGAGUCCGAGCAGCCAGAAAAAGGUCCGCUUCGCCGACUCCCUGGGCUUGGAGCUUAUUUCUGUCAAGCACUUCGACGAUGCCGACGACCCGGAGGUGCCUGAGCGCAUUUUGGCGAAACUGCACAAGGGGACGCCCCAUCACCUGAACACAAAGUUCCCCCGGGCUCCCUCGCAGUCCGUGUUUAUGGAGUUGCAGUUCACAAACCCGGGCACGUUACCCGAGUUCGAGCAGAAAGUCAGAGAGGUGAAGGUGCUGCUGGAGACCGUGCAGACGGACGACUUCACCCUCUCUGGCUUCGUGCGCGUCUUGAAUCUGGCCUUCGAGAAGAGCGUGGCGUUGCGCUAUUCCCUGAACAACUGGAUAACCUUCAUGGAGAGCUUGGCCACCUACGUUCCAAACUCGAGCGACGGUGUCACUGACAAGUUCAGCUUCAAGAUUGUCAUGCCCACCUACCUAGACAACGGGGGCACCUUGCAGUUCGCCAUUAAAUACUGUGUCGGCGGGCAGGAAUUCUGGGACAAUAACAGCGGGAACAACUACAAGGUGCGUCGCCACCGCUUAAAGAUGUCGCCACCUCGGGAAUGGGAAAAUGGUUGGAUUCACUUUAUCUGAGCACUGGGCUCCAAUUCCGUGCACCUAACUAGUGCGUUCUCUGCGCGUAAUGAUGUCCGGGUAGACCUUACUGUACGGCUGUAGCCUGUUAAAUAUUUGGACUCAUUUCUUCUGUCAUGAUCAGGCACUCGCAUGUUGCGACAGAACAAAAUGACCCAUGCUAUUUUCCAAACAGCUGCCCUGUUGUGAUAGUACUACAUCGACAGAAAGAGCAUGACAGGGUCCCCACAGGAGUGGAGGAGAGGGGAUGCGGUCUGAUAUUUUUUUUCCUUGCUUAUUUUCUUUGCUUUUUUUUUUUUUUUUUUUUUUUUUUUUUUGCCUUGACGUCAGGGCUCGAUGAAGCUUGGUACCCUUUGGGAGGCCAUGUCAAAACUGUGUAAUAUGCUACUGAAAAAGCCAGCUUCAGGCUUUACUACUGUCGCCAAGAGGCUGUAGCAUUUAGCUGAUGGCGUAGGCUACUAUCGCUUAGAUUUAUCGUUUUGUUUAGCAUGCACAUUGAUUUAAUGGUAAACAGAAAGCAUUGCUGCUUGUCUGGGUCCAGAGUCCCCCCAGUGAUUUUCUUCAGUCUUGGGGGGGGGGGGAAACAUGCACACAUCUGCUGAAACAGAAAUCUAAAAUAAAUAAUAUAACAUAGAUUAUAUAAAUAUAAUAGAUAUUAAUAUAAAAGGGUUAUUUUAUAUACUAAAUAAGUAUAUAAUUUCAUAUGAGAUAAUAUAAAAAAUGCCUUAUUGUAUUUAAAAAGGUUAUACAUUAUUUUUGUGCAAUAUUCUAAAUAUCUGGGGGAAAAGUCUCUUCGUUGUAAAGUGAUGUGGCCAGCCAGCAUUUGUAUGCGGGCCUUCUAUGGAUCUAGCUCAGGAUGGUUUAGUAACUAAGGACUUAAAGUUUUAGCCCACUAUUUUGUGAAUUUUGGCUGUGUAGCUCGAACAGCCAAAGUAACAAUGGCAACUCUACCGUCGGUUUUGGGGUUUUGCAAACAGCACCAGUUUAUUGUUAUUACAUUAAAGCACUUUUUUUUAACGAGACCUUUAUUUUUCAGAUAAAUAAAUGAUGCCAUUAUAGCAAUACACUAGUUCUAAGUGGGCCUUAGUUUGCCAUUGGUUUCUUUUUUGGAACCCAUUCGGGUUAACUGUACAAAACCAAUCUGCAAUACUAAUAGGGCACCAUAUGACGGUGUUUGCUGUGUUUUAAAUGGGUGUUAAGAAAAUAGGGUCAGAUUUAGUAACGCAUCUAGGACAUCAAACCUUCAGACAAUCCCAAUUGGGAUCUGUUAUCAACUCAUUUUGCUACUUUUAUGAGCCCCACAUAUGAAAGCUGGCUGGGUAGGGGUGACAUACUUGGUUAAAAUCUGCUUUUAUGUUCUUAAAUCUACAGCAUUGUUUUUUUUUUUUUUUUUUCAUAUUCUCAUAGAAAAAAAAACAUGAAAGUGUAUUUCUGUCAACCCUGUAUAAUUAGGGUUGUGUUUUUACAGAAAGGGAACCACUUCUGACACUCCAUCUUUGGAUUUGUUGCUUCCACCGAAUGAACUCCUCUAACAUCGUUGUUGUUCCUAUAAGGGAAAUAUAUGCAGAGGCUGUUUAAACAGUUAGGUUUACCUCACUUUAUUUAUGUACUUCCUCCUCUUCAGGUCAGCGGUGAUAAAGGAACAGAUGCUAUUUAUUGUAAUUAUUUUUGCAUUCAAACAAAAGUGUAUUAUUGUACAUUCACAGAUGGAUAUAUUUUAGAUUCUUGAUUGCACUGUUUGCGUUUUUUCCACCGAGCAGUUUUGUCUGUAGACAAAGUAGCUCCUACAGAUGACUGCUUUAAACAGUUUCUGCUGCUGUAAAGGUACUCGACCCUUUCCAGUAAUGGUGUCCUUCCACUUCCCAGGAAUGACCAAAAUACAUUCGACCUUUUCUUUUUCUUCUGCAGCCUGUCUCACUGCAUCUCUGUCAUACUGUAGUCACCAAAUUAUCUCAUAUAUGCCACAAUUUUUUUUUAGACAAAAAUUGGUCCCAAAUAUAUAUUUAUCAUCUAAAUCUAACUUGGUUUUCCCGUGCAGAGUAUGCGCUCAAUGUUUAUAGUGAAACAGACUUGUAAAUAAACUUGAGUUCAGAGACCCACUUUGCUCCUUCCUGUGGAAUGAUAAUGCUUGAAACAACAGGAAGAAGGGGAGGAACAUAUACCGUGCUUUUAAUUCCAGUCCUCUGAGUGUACUCUGAACAUCACCUUGGUUUUUGUUUACAUCCCCAUGGCCCGGGAGGAAAACUUUCCACCGGAAAAGCCCAGAGUGUGGAUGGAGGCUAAAGCCUGUAACCACUUAGUUUGGUUUUGGAGCCGUUCCCACUAUGACUCCAUCAGCGGUGUUUGUCUUCAGUUCUGAAACAUGUCAGCACCACGGUUGGGUCUGAUAAUUGAUUCUGAUGAGGCAUAAGAGAGAUUCAGUGACAUUUGUUGCCGCACAUCUUUUUCUUUCUUUCUAUGUACAUAGCUGUAAUCGUCACAGCUUGUUUGAAUUGCUGUAGAUAUAAAAGGUCUAGUCAUACUACACCGUGAUAUAGCUACUUUAUUAAAGAAUUGGCUAUUUUAUAAGUUGUCCAUCAUCUGCUGGCCAAACUUUAGAUUAUUAUAUUGAAGAUUUCUCCACCCCCUGGCUUAGUUUUCUAUGUUAGAAAAAUCUGGUGAGGUUUCUUAACUUCCAACGACUUAUCACAUUCUCCUUACACUUGUUGCUAAAUUGAAAUACAUGUGUACAACUCGAUUUUAGCUUGGCGUCAUUGUUGUAGGUGCUUCCCAAUCAUAAAGUCAACAAAGAGCCUGUGAUCUCAUUAGCCUUUCACCUGUGUGUGAGCGUCACCAUUUGCAUCAGCGCGCACAGUUAUGUUAAUGUGUAAGUAAACGUGUCAGUAUUUCAUGCUGAAUGUCUUCCAGUUGGUGUUCUGUGUUGCGUGUGUUUUCAAGCAAUCUAAAUCCUAACCGGUUUAAACGGUUUAGUCAUUUGACACUGCAAAAUUAUAAGAAGUUCUCAGAGUCAAUUAACAUAAGGCUAAUUUUAGAAACUCGACAUGUUAUCGGGUUUAGUCUUGCAGGAAUUUUGGAUAUUGGUUGGAUUUGCUGGAUUGUUACUCUGAUAUUAGCCAGAACAUGAGUAGCACGCUUGGGGAAAAAAAGGCAUGUACGCAUUGUUUGGUUGUGCACUGCUCACUAAGUGAGAGAUAUGUAUGUGAAGGUGGAGGCAAGUGAGGAACGAUAGGAGAACGUAUGAGAUCUUGACAGGAGAUAUGGAUAUAUCAAGGCUAAAUAGGCAUUAUAACAUGCACUUCGGUGCUUUUAGCUUUUUGCAUGAAUGACUUAUGAAUGUAGCUAAAACUGAGCAGUCAAAGCAGGUCUAAUGCCGUUAGAGAAAGGAAAGGGUGUUUUUCUCUCUGAAAGUUUCUCCUUGAAAAUAUUUUUCAGCUUUUGGCACAUUGUACUGUCCUUGUCUCUCAUUAAGUUUAAUUUAACAUAAUUUCAUGACUGUGUUUUUUUUUCUGAUCUUCCUGAUUUUGUAUUAACUCGUUAAAAACAAUUUUUUUUAACAUCUAUGUGAGUUUUGUUUCCUUACCCUCUGUGAGAUUUCUCCAUAUUUGCACGUACUGCUGAGACUGUCGUGUUUACGUUUAGCUUGUAAUGUAACUCCAUAUUUUGUUAAAUAAAUGCUUAAUAAAAGCUUUUUGUGAUGGAAAGCAA